CACUCUCUCACUCUCUCACUCUCUCUCACAUACACACGGCUUCUUCACAAGGCAAGCAAGAUCAGAGCCCAAUUCUCUCUUCGGCGUGUCUCACUAAGUUUCUCUACUAGGAGAGAGAGGUCUUGGAUUUUGGGGAGUGGCCGUGCGUGGUGGUCAGUUAUCACGGUUUGCUGAGUGUGGUGCGCUUGAGAGUGAUAUAUCGCUCUCCGUUUCCCUCCAAACUUUGUCGUUGUCGAUUCGAGAUCGUCCUUUGCUGUGGUGGCUUGUUUGGCUGAAGCCUAGUGUUAAAGUUAGGUCCAUCCACAUCUCUUUGUUCUUGGUUUUUUUUCUUUCUUUUUUUCUUUCCAAUCGCUAUAAAUUGUUUGACCCUGUUCUUCGGGUUCUAGGUAGCAGCUGAUCAUGCAAUUAGCAUCAUCUGGAGGGGCUUCUUGAGUAGCACAAAUCUUUGUCCGCGAAGAGCGAGCGUGUACAACUCUGGUUGUUGUCUCUGUUCUUCUUUCUUUGCGUGUUCCACUCUCCAGAUUUCUCAUGGCUUGGAACCCGGCAGUGGCAGUGUCCGAAUAAUCACCGCUAGUGGUCCUUCGUGCUCCCUCUAAACACCAUUUUGGCUUUGCUUGUGUCAAGAGAGUCGUGGAGCGUUUUCCCGAUCUAUAAUGCUGCUCGCACACAAACAAGACGAACCGAGGCGUCUGAGGGUGCCUGCUGUUCGUUUCUUCGUUGUCGAGGACAUUGCUCGCCUCCUCUGCUGCUUCGUGAGGUACUUCCCCCCGAGCUAGCAAGUCGGUCUCCAGACUUUUGCCUUUAUUCUUCCUUUGUUCUUACGGCCCGUAUACGUCAAUCGUCCCUGUCUCGCUUUGCACACCAAUCUCUCAUGUUAGGAUUGCUGUCCAAGAGUCCGCGGUCGAAUUGUUUUAGAAGAAGACGCAGGAGGCGAAGACGAAGAAUAGGUGCUAGCAACAAGAGCAAGCCAGCAGCAGCAGCUCACCACCACUUUCAGUAAAUACUCCCGAAAUCAUGGAGAAGAGCAAGAUCUGGGUCGAGUACAGUAGCAUCAGUUUUUUGUGGGCUGGACACGGCGGCGACGUGAGUGUAUGGUAUUCCUCGCUCUACAAUACGGCGGUGAUCUCUCGCACUUCUUCUUGACGGUAGCUAAGAGCUCUGCAUUGAUAUCAUAGCGGCAGGAAGUUUGCUCUAGGAAGAGAAGCUUGUUUGCAUCUAGAAAUCUCUCUCGCAUGACCAUGCAGCUCUUGUGAAGGAGAAUAGUGUUUACUGUUAGAACCCUGUGGUGCAGUGGUGGUGGUGGAAAGUUUGGCUAUGGAUUGGAAUAUCAACAACAGUAGCAGCAGCAACAGUAAAGGCUCGACAGCGCCAACACCACCAAGCAUCAUGGUGACGACAAUGAGGAACGAGAGCGUUAGCAACUCAAUGUCCGCCAUCUUUUAUCCGCGGUCGUCUAACAUCCCACCAGGCUUAGAUGAUCAUAACAACUGUGGAACACCCACAGGGCUGCGCGGUAGUGACGCGCUGCUCUACGCAACCUUCGAGGGCUCGAGCGAUCAGGAGAGCGGAGACGUGGAGGCGAGCGAUCACGAAGUUCACCCAGUGGAGAAGAAGCGGCGGCUGAGCGUGGAUCAAGUGCGCUCCCUGGAGCUCAACUUUGAGAUGGAGAACAAGCUGGAGCCCGAGAGGAAGAAGCAGCUGGCACACGAGCUGGGGCUCCAGCCCCGCCAAGUCGCCGUGUGGUUCCAGAACCGGCGAGCCCGCUGGAAAACCAAGCAGCUGGAGCGAGAUUACGAGUCCCUCAAGGCGAGCUACGACAAACUUCUGCUAGAGAACAAGAAGCUUCAAGCCGAGGUGACCGCCCUCGCUGCGAGGCUGGACUCUAGCAAGUCGCCCACAGCAGCAGCGGCCAACGGCGACGAGGCGAUUGUAAAUAGCGUGGAGCACAAACCGGAGGCUUUCAAGGGCCAGGAAGCCACGGUGAUGGUGACGACGGGGAAGAACCUGGCGGUGGUGGAGGACAUGGACGUCGCAAGGCCGCCGGGCAAAGGUGGUGAGAAAGAAGGCUCCCCGUGCUCGGAUGGCUAUACAAGCGAGAUCUUGGACGUGGACUUCCCGCUGGUUCCCGUGGUCCAGGAGAGCGUGCUCUCGUUCGAGCACACGGGCGUGGCGGUGGCCAAAGUCCUCAAAGACGAACCCGACGGCAUGGUUUUCGAUCCACACUCAAACCAGCUGGUGCUUUAUAAGUUUGACGAUGGUUUGCUAGAUUACAACAACACCAGCAUCAGUAUCAACAACAACAACAACAACAACAACAACAACAUCAACACCAACAAUAGUAAUAGCAUCAACGCCAAUGUCAACGAGUACGACAUGGCUACCUCGUCAUACUACUACAUACCUGAUGGAAUCGGGCCAUGGUGGACGUGAAAGAAACUGCACGAAACCAUGAUGUCUGCGAGAAAAUACUUCUAUGCACUAUAUAAAUGAAUGAAUGUUAAUGCUUUGUACCUUAAGAAUAUUCUUAGAAAUUCAAGUAUAUUCUAGAUGUAAUCUAGAACAAUAAAAGAA